UUUGCCUCGCUAGUGAUCUAGGAGAAUAAUCGUCGUGCGUGGCGCAUUCCUGUGUCGGGGCUCGCGAUUUCUACGCGCCGAUCAUUCCACCGGCGCCACAAAGGGUAAAGUUACUCAAACUCAAAGAUAAGCUGGCGCGGCGACUAGAUUUUUUCUUUUAGAUUGCGUUCCGUGAAUCACGCAAUCUCGGCCACCGAUCACAGGCCGAGAAUCAAGCUUUGACGAUCUCCAUCGAUCUCUUUACGGGGGGCCACACCACACGUAUGGAUGGCGCUACAAAAUGGAUCCCUCCUUUCAUCAGACCGGAAAUGUGUGAGGAGCCCGCGCAUGAAGAACCACAAGCUCAUCGUCUCCCAGUCCUUGAUCCGCUCCUACCGCGCCAGUAUCCAGGAUGAGCUCCAGAAGCACGCCUACAACUUCGUCCUCUGCGACCCAGGCCUUCCGGACCAUCCCAUUGUCUACGCCAGCGAUGGUUUUCUCGAGAUGACGGGGUAUAGCAGGGACGAGGUCCUGGGAAGGAACUGCCGGUUUUUGCAAGGCCGGGACACGGACAAGCGGGCUAUCGUCGAGAUACGAGAGGCGAUUCGUGAAGAACGGGACUGUCAGAUCAAGAUCCUGAACUACACAAAGGCUGGCAAGCCGUUUUGGAACCUGUUCCAUUUGGCGCCCGUCUUCUCGCAGCAGGAUGGCCGGGUGGUGCAUUUCGUGGGAGUUCAACUUCCCAUAUCUUCGAAGCUUGCGGCUCGCAAGGACGGGCAUUUGACGGGGCUGGAACUUUCGUUUGACGAGCUCGAGUUUGAAGAACAUUUUGAUAACCCCUCGUGCAAGAAUUAUCACUUGAGCGAGGAAGACAAACAAAGAGCUUUCGCGGCAGUCAAGGCUGUGCUACAGGAGCUGGCCAACUCGAGCUGCAAGGGAGUCAGUUCUAUGAGAAGUAAGUCUUUCUCCGAGGGUGUGAUCCCUCCAGGAUUCGUGGCCACCUCGUUGUUGUUGGCUCUAACUAGAAUCCCACACAGUUUCGUCCUAACAGAUCCUCAUCUUCCUGAUAUGCCGAUCGUACACGCGAGCCUUGAGUUUCUGGAGCUAACAGGAUACACGCGAGAAGAAGUCAUUGGUCGGAAUUGUAGAUUCUUGCAAGGACCUGACACUGAUCUAGCGCCAAUCGAGGAGCUACGAUCGAGUAUAUCUGAGGGGCAAACUUGCACUGUCCGCAUUCUAAACUACAGGAAGAACAAGGAACCCUUCUGGAACUCCUUACACAUUUCUCCGGUGCGAAACUCAAGUGGAAAGGUUGUAAGUCUAUUUCUUACGCACUCCUUGAAAUGUUCUCCUUUUCAGGUAGCAUACUACGCGGGAAUUCAAGUAGCUGUAUCUCAUUCUAGCGAAGAGGACGAAGGGAGAGCUCGUAUGCAGCAGUUGGGCACUUUGGGAGCUAUAAAGGUGGCAGUGAGAAGCAUACAGACUGGGGCGGUACUGCGAAAAUCGAAAACCAUAAGUUGAAAACAUAUCAACGCGAUUUGUGAAAAUGUGAUCACAGGUUUGUAAUGUUUUGGAUUUGAGAUCAGGCAACCUUUCGUUGCUCCUUUGAAGUAAAAUUUUCUCCAAGCCAAAACUUAUAACAAGGAAAAAUGCAAAAAUAAACUCUCUGUGUGUGCUUGUUUAUA